AGUACUUGGCUACUGUACCCGCUCGGCCCCUCCCUGCCUCUGCCGAGCGACCCAGUCCUCCUCGCUCCUGGAUCUUCUUCCUCCUCGGCCGAGCGCCGCCACCCAUCACGCUGCCGAGCGCCCAUCGUCUUCCUCCUCGCGCGAGCGCCUCCACCGCAGGUUGAUCUCCCCUUCGAUUCUCUCGCUCCCGACCGUUUCUCCUCCCAUCACCCCACGAACGGAUUCCGCCCUUUAGCUCCUCGUUUCAUAAUCUUCCCCAAUCCGUAACUGAGGCAAAAAUCAAGGCCCUACUGGGUCCUCCGCCCGUGAUGGUGAACACCAACUACUCGGCGCUGCCAUUGACCUCUCCUUCCCUCGAGCUGCAGUCCAACCCGCCGCCCAAAUCUAGCGCCGCCGCCAACGCCAAUGGCGCCCACAACGGCCACGCCAAGAUCUCCAAGCAGGAUUCCUUCUUGGGCGAGGUGGAAGACGGCGGUGGCGGCGAGGGUGAGCAUGACGAGCUGCCGCUCAUCGGAGAUGGCGACGGCUCCGCCGGUCCCCCCGAGGGCUCCGGCGUGGCCGGCGCGGUGUUCAACCUCGCCACUUCCAUUAUUGGGGCCGGCAUUAUGGCCCUCCCGGCCACCAUGAAGGUCCUCGGCGUCGCCGUCGGGCUCGUCUCGAUUCUGGUCAUGGGGAUCCUUUCAGAGAUCACCAUUGAGCUGCUCGUGAGGUUCUCGGUGCGUUGCCGCGCCCUGUCGUACGGUGAGCUCGUGCACAAGGCGCUCGGACGCCCCGCGAGCAUCGUGGCGCAGAUGUGCGUCAUCAUCAACAAUGCCGGGAUCCUCGUGGUGUACCUGAUCAUCAUCGGAGACGUCAUGUCUGGAUCGUUGAAGCACAUUGGCGUCAUGGACCAGCUGAUUGGCCACGGCGAGUGGGACAACCGAAGGCUGCUGAUUUUGGUGGUUCUCGUGGUCUUUCUCACCCCGCUGUGCGCGCUCGAGAAGAUUGACUCACUGAGCUUGUCUUCUGCCGCAUCGGUUGCUCUUGCCAUUGUUUUUGUGGUUGUCUCUUGCAUCAUCGCGGCGGUGAAGCUCAUCGAAGGCAAAAUCAGUACGCCGAGGAUGGGGCCGGAUUUUAGCUCAAGAGCGGCGAUGUUGGACUUGCUCGUGGUGAUACCGAUCAUGACCAAUGCCUACAUCUGCCAUUUCAAUGUACAGCCGAUCUACAACGAGCUCAAGGAGAAGACACCUCGCAACAUGUACAAUAUUGGCAGGAUCUCGACAGUACUCUGUGUUGUUGUAUAUGCACUGACUGCCAUCUCAGGGUACCUCUUAUUCGGCGAUGACACGGAGUCUGAUGUGCUCACCAACUUCGACAAGGAUCUCGGGAUCAAGUUCAGCUCAGUGCUCAACUACAUUGUCAGGAUUGGGUAUAUCAUCCAUCUGGUCCUCGUGUUCCCGGUCGUCCACUUCUCCCUGAGGCAGACCGUGGAUUCGCUGAUCUUUGGAGAGUUGGCGCCCCAUAGCAGGAAGAAGAUGCUCGCCUUGACGGCGGUGCUCUUGGCCCUCAUCUACCUCGGUUCAACCAUGAUACCCAACAUCUGGAUGGCCUUCAAGUUCACCGGUGCGACGACGGGGCUGGCAUUGGGGUUCAUGUUCCCGGCCCUUGUGGCAUUAAGACUGGACAAGGAAGGGGAGUGCCUGGGGCAUGGAGAGAGGCUCCUGUCGCUCGGAAUGCUGGGGCUGGCUGUCAUUGUUAGCGUCGUCGGGGUCGUCGGCAAUGUGUACAGCCUGAAGAGCAAGUCUGACUGAUGGACCAAGAUGAGCUGUAUUUGUAGGCUAAAUAUACAGAUUGUAUGAUCGCUGUCAGAACGAACAUACUAGUUUUAGCAGGGAUACAACUUGAGCUGCUGAGCAAAGCUCAUCAUAUACAUGACCUAUGAGGUGAAUUGUUACUGGAGGCCAUUUCUGUACCUUUGGACCAAUAUUCUUUCAUGUAUUUUUCUGCUUAUUGUUUUUACAUGUGUAUCCUGGGGCUGCCUUUUGAUCCAGGCGACAAAGAGAACCCAGUUCUGUACUAAGGAGGUUGUCUGUCCAUGAGAUGAUGGAAGUUGCAUCCAGAAAAUUUAUCUCGGAUUGUGAUACGAUGAAUUUUGCAUUCACAGAAUUAUGUGUUUUAUGGUAUGAUGAAUUUUGCA